GCGCGCGCCGCCUGAAGAGAUUGGUGCAGGCUCGCCAGAACAAGUGUCAGUGUCAGUACGGCGUCGUGCGGGGUUGUCGCCGGUUGUUCGCUGCCGCCUGCCGUCCGCUACACGGAAAUUGCUUGCCAUCAACGCGUUCCCGCUUGCCGUCGCCGCACGCUGCCGUCGCCGUGUCGUCGCGUUGCUACUCCGCUAGUUGCUGAGCAGGUCGACCAAAUUGACUUCGCGUCAAGCUCCAGAACAUCACACAUCUCUCUGAUGACGCGUCCGCCGCCGUGCUCGUGGGCCGCGCUGGCGCUGCUGCUGGCAGUGGCCGCCGCCGCCGCCGUCGCCGCCCCGCCCUCGGCCGCCCCCGCCAACAACGCCGGCGCCAGCCGCUACAACUACGGCAAGGUGCUGGAGCUGUCGCUGCUGUUCUACGAGGCGCAGCGCUCGGGCCGCCUGCCGGCCGACAACCGCGUGGCGUGGCGCGGCGACUCGGCGCUGGGCGACCGCGGCAACAACGGGGAGGACCUCACCGGCGGAUAUUAUGACGCCGGAGACUUCGUCAAGUUCGGCUUCACCAUGGCGUCUACGACCACACUGCUGGCGUGGGGCAUGCUGUCCUACAGAGACGCAUACAAAGUGUCAGGGCAGCUGCACGCCGGGCUGGGCGCGCUCAAAUGGGCGGCCGACUACUUCAUCAAGUGCCACGUGAGCCCCAACGAGCUGUACGGGCAGGUGGGCGACUUCACGCUGGACCACCAGUUCUGGGGGCGGCCCGAGGAGCUGAACAUGUCGCGCCCGGCGUACAAGAUCGACGAGCAGCACCCGGGCUCGGACCUGGCCGGCGAGACGGCGGCGGCGCUGGCGGCCGUCAGCCUCGUGUUCCGCGCCGAGGGCGACAAGGAGUUCGCCGCGCUCGCCCUGCGCCACGCGCGCGAGCUCUACCGCUUCGCCACGCUGCACCGCGGCCUCUACCACGAGACCAUCAAGCAGGCGGCCGAGUUCUACGAGUCGACGGACUACGGUGACGAGCUGACGUGGGCCGCCGCCUGGCUGUUCCGGGCCACCAACGAGUCGCAGUUCCUGGACGAGGCGCAGCACCACUACUCCAAGUUCCGCCUGCGCGAGCGGCCCAACGAGUUCUUCUACAACAAGAAGGUCGCGGGCGUACAGGUGCUGUUGGCGCAGCUGACGCGGCAGCGCGAGUACCUGGAGGCGGCGCAGGCCUUCUGCGACUUCACCGUGGACCAGCAGAAGCGCACACCCAAGGGGCUCGUCUACAUCGACAAGUACGGCACUCUCUGCCACGCCGCCAACGUCGCCUUCGUCUGCCUCGAGGCUGCAGAUGCAGGAAUCAAACCAUCGAAGUACUUGGCAUUUGCUCGACAGCAAAUCCACUAUAUGCUUGGAGAUUCUGGAAGAUCUUUCGUUGUGGGUCUGGGACACAACCCUCCUACCCAACCAUAUCAUGCUGCUAGGUAA